GAAUAUGGGUGUGUAACAUGUAACAUGUCACAAAAGGUGAACUUAUCCUUCAAAGUGGAGAUCCACCCUUUUAAAAGGGGAAGUUCCACCUUAACACCCCGGUCACAUCAAGCCCGGCUUUGAAAUCGUGCGACUUACAGUGAAGUCGCACGAUUUCAAAGUCGGGAGAUAUGCCGAUUUCAGGUGCGAUUUUUAAGACAUCUGACACAGAUGUCUAUGCAAAUCGCACAAAAAGUAGUGCAUGUAUUACUUUAGAAAUCGAUGCGGCUCCGACCAAGUCAGAACUGCACCGAUUUGGCCGCUGUAAUUGUGGACAAUUGGGUGCGACUUGGCAUACG